UUUAUUUUUUGCAACAUUGUCCAUAUUGGCUUAAUACUACCAACAAUAUUAAAGGGAUACCACCGUUUAAAUGGCAAUGAUGAUAAUGCUGAAACUCUGGACUCUCCUUCUUGCCUAUGCGUUGAUCAUUUGCCAGAUGUACGUCUCACAGGCAGCUCCAUCCAGUAAGGAGUCCCUGUCAGAUGGAGUCACACUAUCGAAUGAUGAUGCGCAAAGGUUACUCAGGGCUAUCAAAGAGUUCAUGCAGAUAACUUCAGAUGAGCAAGACCACCAAAAAUCUGAUGGAAACAGCUUGGAUAGACCUAUGUCUAAGCGCUGCACUGGCUUAAGCACUUGUGUGCUGGGCAAACUCUCCCAGGACAUUCACAAACUACAAACCUAUCCCCGCACCGACGUGGGAGCAGGGACGCCUGGCAAGAAGCGAAGUCUAUCUGAGCAAUAUGAAAACUACGGCAACUCAUACGAUUAGAAACUCCGUUUUUAGCCCAUCUAUUCUCCUGUCUGUCUGAGUUAACCUUUGUAUGUUCAUCCAGCUCUAUCCAUUCACGAGACUUGAUGUAUGUGGAUCCCAGUUGUCUACAUUGUUGCUUUAAUUUUCCACUGGUAGACAUUAGAUUCUGACAGAGAC